AUGACGACUUCCCAAGCCAUUCCACUAGAUUCGUUGGUACAGGAGUGGUUACGAUUGGAUCGCAAUCCAACGAGCAGGAAAGAAAUUGAACAACUCCAGCAAGAUAAGAAUCACGAUGAACUUGCCUCUCGGUUAUGCCAGCGUAUCAAGUUUGGAACUGCUGGCCUCAGGGCACAUAUGUCCGCGGGAUUCUCGAGAAUGAACGAUGUCACAGUGAUUCAGGCUAGCCAAGGUUUGGCUGCCUAUCUAAUCAAAGAUAUUCCAAACGCUACUCAGCAGGGCAUCGUUGUCGGACAUGAUCACCGCCAGAAUUCCCACAGGUUCGCCCGUCUCGCCGUCACUGCGUUUCUAAGGCGUGGUUUCAGAUGCUAUCUGCUCGAUGGGCUCGCAGCUACUCCAAUGGUCCCUUUUGGAGUCAAAUAUGUCGGAGCCGCUGCUGGCGUAAUGGUCACUGCUUCCCACAAUCCAGCCGCUGACAACGGCUACAAGCUAUACUAUUCAAACGCUGUCCAAAUCAUUUCGCCCCACGACAAAGGUAUCGCUGCGUCCAUAGAACAAAACUUAGAAAUAGACGAGGAAGCUUGGAAUACAGAGCCCACCAUGCAGACUAAAGCUUUAGUUAUCAAUCGAACACAAGAGAUACAAGACGCGUAUUUCAAGGCAAUUUCUGGCUUGGUAAGACACUCCAGAUCGGAGAAUUCAGAGACUCCAAUAAAAUUUGUAUACACGCCAAUGCACGGUGUUGGUUAUACAUUCGCCACCCGAGCUUGCAUUGAGAUAGCAGGCUUUCCAAAUGAUGCUUGGCUUCCUGUCGAAGCCCAAAAAAAUCCUGACCCGGAUUUUCCAACCGUCAAGUUUCCAAAUCCUGAAGAAAAGGGCGCUCUCGACAUGGCCAUCAGCUUAGGAAACAAAACUCUGGAGUCGAAUCCCGCACAGAAAGUGAUGAUUAUCGCCAAUGAUCCUGAUGCUGAUCGGUUCUGUGCUGCCGAACGGGUGGGAUCUUCUUGGAAGGUGUUUUCUGGCGACCAGAUUGGGAGCAUCCUUGCUUGUUGGACGUUGCAGAACUUCAAAAAAUUAGGAAAACCACUAGAUCGGAUCGCAAUGUUGUCCUCUACCGUCUCAUCUCAUUUGCUAGCCCAGGUCGCUCGUCAGGAAGGAUUCAAAUUCAAAGAAACUUUGACCGGGUUUAAGAACCUUGGGAACGAAGCUUUGAAUCUUGAAAAAGAGGGGUAUAAAGUUUUGUUUGCUUAUGAAGAAGCUCUUGGUUACAUGUUUGAGACGGGGAUUUUUGAUAAAGAUGGGCUUGCCGCGAUAGUGGUAUGGGCGGAGCUUGCCACUGAACUGGCCCAGCGUGGCAGUUCAGUUGCAGACUAUCUGGAAUCGAUUUAUAAAACCUAUGGUUACUUUGCUACCAAUAACGGCUAUUUCGUCUGCAAGGAUCCGUCCGCAGUCAAAACUAAAUUCCAAAGACUGCGUUUUGGUGAUCAAGCUGAAGAAAGGGCCGAUCCCUCCAGUCGAUCAAUGAUGUUGGAACAACUCCGCUUUCCCACAACCUUGGCAGGUUAUCCAAUCACUCGAAUCCGAGAUCUGACGAUAGCCUAUGACAAUAGCUACCCGCCUCAAUGCGUACCUGAUCUUCGUUCAUCGUCGGAUGAAAUGAUUACUUUUUACGUUGGAGGGGAAGCAGGAGAAGUGAUUGCUACUUUAAGGACCAGCGGCACCGAGUCUUGGAAGUUGAAAUAUUACGUCGAAGGAAGCGCUGUGGACCAACUUACUGCUCAAAAUAAAGUUGACCAAAUUGUCGAAGCUCUUGGCGAGGAGUGGGGUUUUUCUAAUCUAUAA